UGAACUGCCUCAGUGUGAUCAGAGUCAGGCAGAGAUGAAGAGUGUGUUGGUGUGUUUCCUGCUGGCCGCCGUGGCCCUGAUUCAGGCCAGUCCCCUACCAUCAACCCCACUGAUCCAAACCCAGGAGAACUUCAACCUCAACCGGUUUUUGGGGAAAUGGUACGAUAUCGCCUCUGCCUCAAACUGCCCCUGGAGGAAGAAGCACAAAGCUGAUUCUCCCAUCGGAUCCCUGGAGCUUCAGAAAACCACCGACUCCACCAGCCUCAGCAUGAAGCGCAUCAUGUCCAGGAGUGGUGUGUGUAAGAUGAUCACUGGCAAUUAUGUUCUGACAGAAACUCCAGGAAGAUUCUACUACCACAGCCUGAAGUGGUCGGCUGAUGUGGAUGCGUAUGUGGUUCACACUAAUUAUGAUGAGUACGCUCUGGUGGUGAUGCUGAAACAGAGACAGGGAGGAAACAAGACCACCUCCGUCAAACUCUACGGCCGGAAGAUGGAACUGCGCCCCACUCUGAUAGAGGACUUCAAGACCCUGGUGUCUGAACAGGGCCUGAGUGCAGAUACCAUCUCCAUUAAAAUAAACAAAGGUGAAUGUGUUCCAGGUGAGCAGACCGCCCAGCCGUCUCAGGCCAGGGCGAGGAGAGCUGCAGUUCUUCCAGCAGCAGAGGAAGGUUCAGCAGAUGAUACUCCGCUGUUCAGAGGAGCAGAGUCCUGCACUGCUGAGCCGGAUUCCGGCCCGUGUUUUGGGAUGAUCCAGCGUUAUUACUAUAACUCCUCCCUCAUGGCCUGUCAGCAGUUUGUGUUUGGAGGCUGUAUGGGAAACCAGAACAACUUUGUGACGGAAAAGGAAUGUCUGCAGACCUGCCGCACUGAAGCCGCCUGCAGGCUCCCGAUGGACGCCGGCCCCUGUAACACGCCUCAGGAACUGUGGGCCUUCGACUCGUCCAUCGGCAAGUGUGUGUCCUUCAAAUACGGAGGCUGUAAGGGCAACGGCAACAAGUUCUACACCCAGAAGGAGUGUGAGGAGUACUGCGGAGUGAUGAAAGAAGGUGAUGAAGAUUUACUCAAAGUAAACUAAGGAACGUCAGAUCAUUCUCAGUAAACUGAGCAGAACACAGCAGAGAUCUGCUUUACCAAACCAGCCAAACUAUCUGUUCUUUAAUGGUUGAAAUCCUAAAAUAAUACAAAUGCCUAAUAAACAGAGAACCAUUACUCCA